AUGAACCUACCACAGACGUCCCUCUCCCUCGCGAUCCUGGCCUCGUCGGCCGGGACCUACAUCGCCCUCCGCAACCCCAACCCGGGCCCGCCGAAGAAAUCCGGCGACGACUCGGAGCGCCCGCCCCCGGAGCACGCAGACUCGAUCCGCUGGAUGAACCUCACCCACAGGCACACCCCAAAGGUCAUCCUCCUGCCCCUCGCCCUCCUGUCCCUCCACCUCGCGGCCCUCGCCUUCUUCCACCCGGACAUCCCCCCCGCCGUCCUCCGCCACGGCGCCGAGAACGGCCUGAGCCCCUCCCUGACGACCUGGUCGCCCUCGACGCUGCUGCCGCUCGCCGCCCUCUUCCUCGCCGGCGUCCCGCUGCGCCUCGGACCCUACCGCUCGCUCGGCAGCGACUUCACCUUCGACCUCGCCAAGCCGGACCGCCUCAAGACCACGGGCAUCUACGCCCUUGUCCAGCACCCGAGCUACACGGGCGUCGUGGUCCUCGUGCUCUCCAACGUCGCCCUGCUCGCGCGGCUCGACGGCGUGCUGAGCUGCUGGGUCCCGCCCGCGCUGCACCGCGCCCUGGCCGCCGUCGAUUGGGUCCUGGGGCCCGCGGCCUGCCUGGUGUUCCUGUUCGGCGUGUGGACCAGGGUCCGGGAGGAGGAGCGCAUGCUGCGGUCCGAGUUCGGGGAGAAGUGGGAGCGCUGGCAUGCCUCGACGGCGCGUUUCAUCCCGUAUGUAUUCUGA